AUGACUGAUUAUGUGAAAGAGGCAAAGGAUAUGGUUGCCAAUAAUAGGCUAUUCCAGUUUUCUGCAAGCUGGUGUCCUGAUUGUGUCUACGCUAGAUCAAUCUGGAAUAAAUAUCAUGUCGAGAAUCAAAUCCAUGUGUUUGACAUCGGCUCCCUAGACAAGGAGAUUCAAGCAAAGUGGAGAGAUGCCUUUGAAGAAGUAUUAGGUGUUAGAAACCUACCAACAAUUGUCGUUGACGGUAAAGUUUGGGGAACUGAAACCAGACUUCAUGAGGUGGAAGACAAUGGUUCUUUGAGUGAUGAAUUGACUAAGAUGGGAUUCAAAUUAUGA